AUUUGCAAAAUUCUAAUCUAACCUAAUAGACAUAAAGAGUUUUUUAAGUAGCUCAGUGGUUAUUUAUAAAUGGGAACAAAACGCCAAUAAACACUGAGUAAAUACAUAUUAUACGCAUAACAUAUUAAUAAAUUUACUAAGGGAAACGUUACGGGAAUUGUGAUGCAAGGAGUAGGCACUGCGACGACGGAUUUUACACAGCCGCAACCACAUCAUCUGCAGCAGCAACAGCUACAAACACAAACACGACGGAAGCAGCAAGUGCCCAUGAAUAAUGUAAAUGAUUGGAGGCCAUUCGUUUACGGUGGACUAGCGUCAAUAACAGCGGAAUUUGGUACUUUUCCGAUUGACACCACGAAAACGCGCCUCCAAAUUCAAGGUCAAAAAAUUGAUCAAACAUUCUCGCAGCUAAGAUAUCGUGGCAUGACCGAUGCCUUUAUAAAAAUUUCACAAGAAGAGGGCCUUCGUGCCCUCUACUCAGGCAUCUGGCCUGCCGUGCUGCGUCAAGCUACCUACGGCACCAUCAAAUUCGGCACUUAUUAUACGCUCAAAAAAUACGCGCAUAACUACGGUUUACUUGUGGAUCAUGAAACCGGUGCCGAACGUGUGUGGGCGAAUAUUUUGUGUGCGGCGACGGCGGGUGCUGUCUCCUCGGCCAUAGCCAAUCCGACUGAUGUGUUGAAAGUGCGUAUGCAGGUGCAGGGCAAAGCGGCGCAUCAGCAUGGCUUGAUAGGAUCAUUCCUGGAAAUCUACCGUUAUGAGGGUGUGCGCGGGCUAUGGCGCGGUGUUGGGCCAACAGCGCAGCGCGCUGUCGUUAUUGCCUCGGUAGAGUUGCCUGUUUAUGACUUUUGUAAAAUGCAAUUGAUGACUGCAUUUGGCGAUCAUGUGGCGAAUCAUUUUGUCUCCAGCUUUAUAGCCAGUUUGGGCAGCGCCAUCGCCUCCACGCCAAUCGAUGUGAUAAGGACGCGUCUCAUGAAUCAAAAGCAUUUGACGGUUGUUAAUGGUGUGGCGGUGGCGAAUACGCAAAAGCUUUAUAAAGGCAGUUUCGACUGCGCGGUGCAGACUGUCCGCAACGAAGGCAUAUUAGCGCUUUACAAAGGCUUCAUACCCACCUGGGUGCGCAUGGGCCCUUGGAAUAUCAUAUUUUUCAUAACCUACGAACAAUUGAAGAAACUCUAAAACAUUUCAUCCACAUCUUUGUACAGUACAAGCCGCAUUUACAAAGACUUUUCAAAUCAAAACAUUUUCUUAUGCAUAAGUAGCGUUAAUCAUGUGAAGCCAAAAAGCAAAAGGUAGCCUGUAAGCUUAUAGUAUAUAGAUAUAGCAUGUUUAUAACGGAACGCAUU